GAGUUUAGAUCAGUUAAGCGUCAACUGUGCUCAGAGAACAAAGUUGUUGGAGAUCUAGUGAACAAUAAACUACUAUUCAUUACAAACAUCUUUCACUUUAAAAAAAUUUUAGUAAAUGAAAAUAUAUAAGCAAUGAAAAUUUUAUUUCAUAAUUUAAAAAAUUUUUUUUUUUUACUAACCAUUGAAAUUAUACUGAAUUGUAAUUCACAGUUAAAUAGCUAUGUUAUAAGUGAAGAAAGUGUUUGAAAAGAAUCAACUGGAAAGAUUAGAAAUCUACCAACAAUGUGGAACGAUACUUUAUUAAAUUUAACAAUCAACGAAACAAUGACAACUCCAGCAACAAUAACACUGUCAAAACGACAUGUGUCUAUUGGUUCUCAAAUAGUGUUAACUUUCGUCUACUUAUGUGGUAUCUUUGGCAACGUAUCAGCGUUAAUUACUCUAUUCUACAAAGACAAGCGGCGAAACAGGAAGCAUUUGCUGAUGCUGCGUUGUUUGGCAACUAAUGACUUGGUUGCCCUUUUAGGCAUGUUGAUACAGAUGUACAUAACAAUCUAUGUGAACUCAGUCACGAAAUCACAAAAAUUUUGUUCACUGAGAAUAGUCUGGCGCCUUUUUGGACUCUUUAGUGGAUGCGUCGCAAUAGUUAUGGCAGCUGAGAGAUGGCUAGCUUUGACCCGGCCUUUCGUUUAUCAAAAGCAUGUGACGUUUCCAAGAAUUGUUCAGUGUAUGCUGGGCUUGUGGAUUGCAGCAUUGACUUUGACAAGUUUACCCCUUUUUGGAUUUGGAUUGUAUUAUAAAAAUGGUAAUUGUGUGCGUUAUCGUGAAGCCACUGAACCAAUAGAUAUUUCUUAUGCUUACGUCUGGUUUUUCUUCGGAACAUUACUUUGUUUAUCAAUAGUAUGGUGCAACUUGGCUGUUUCGAGAGUACUUCGAAAACUUGGUCAAAAGUAUGGAGUAUUGAGAAGAGUCUCCAGAUCUUCUUCACGUAAUAAGCCAUUUCUUUCGUCUACUAAGUCAUCAACACCUUCAGAAAUCGGGACAACUGUUGAAGAACGUGCUUUUGCGAAAUUGAUGGCAGUACUGUCAAUAUCGUUCGUAAUCUGCUGGAUGCCACAAAUGAUAUCGAUUCCUUUAGCUCAAUAUUCACUAAGCCUCGGAGAAGAUGUAAAACUUAUCAAAAAAAUAAUCCGACUUUUCCAUAUAAUUGCGGACAUACUUCUUUGUAUUCAUUUUACGUUGGACCCAUACAUUUACGUGCUAUUGCGAAUGCCUAGAGGGAGAAUUCCUUUGAAUAAAUACUUAAAGAGGAUUUGUUGUCCGGUGAGGAGUCGCAACAGCUCUUUUGCUGAAACCACAGAUCAUUGUGGUAGCAGUGGAGAUCCACCAACUCCAAUAACUGAAGUACCACCUCUCAUAAAUGGACAUUUUCAUGAAGUGUAUACAGAAACCAUGACUCUCUAAUAUCAAUUGACUGAUAUCAUCAAUUUACUAUUGAGUCGAUUUAUUUAUUGUAAAAAUAAUAAUCAUACUUAAAUAAUACUCGAGUAGGCUUUAAACAAAUGACAAAGUGAUAAAUGGAAUUAAAAGAAUCUCAUAAAAUUUUAAUAGUAUUUAAAAAAAUUUAGUACUUCAUAAUCAAUAAUUAAUUUUCCAAAUAUACAAAUAAGAUAAUAAUUGUAUAAAUAGAACGUAAAUACAUUUUUACGAUGAUAAUAAUCUAUUUGUUAAAGUAUUCGCCUGUUAUUGCACUCCAGCAAAAUAUAGUAUUAAUUAAUAAAUAUUAUUAAAUUUUUCUUAAUUAGUUUAGACAACUUAUUUCCAAUAAUUUUCUUAACAAAAUAAUGAUCUGACUCUCAGACAUUUAGAAUGUUUACUUUUAGCUAUGAUGUCAGUUACCUUAAGUACGGGUUUUCAGUAUAUACAUGGCUUAAUAAAAUAUAUCAAUUAAAUUUUCCACAGCAGCAGGUGAUUAGUGGAAUCUUCUCUACCUGCUUGGAGCUCUGUUGAACCUUGAGGACCACGAAAAUCCUCGUAGCCAUCACCUCCAGAUAUAAUUAAUAAUUUUUUCCGAUUUAAAUUAUUUUGUGGCGAUUUCAUUUUUAUAGAACAUCGAUUUAUGUCGGAAGAAAUAUCAGACUUAAUUGAGGAUGGUGCUUCCACACACGUGAUGAAGCGAACGUGACCAGUAUGACCAUGUGGAAUACCUGAAAAAUCAAUAGACCAUUGAGUUUUAUAAUAAUCAAUAAUUAAUCACCUGAGAAGAGUAAUAGAAUAGUAUUUAUAUACCAAUAACUGGCGGAGACUGCGGUAACCGCUGUGUGGAGGAUUUUAUAUGAGGAAUAGGUACCGUAAGAAGUACACCUGCACUUGUACCGAUCCAUAAAAUAUCAUUGCAUGCCAAAAGAGCGGUUACUCGUAAGCAUGCUGCUUUGUGUUGUCGUAUUAUAUCAUCACAGUCUGCAACAAAUUUAAUUUUUCUGUUAAAAUAAAUUUCAUUGCUUCAUUCACUAUAAAAUUGAUGUAUUUUAUAGUAAAUGAUAGCUGUUCAAGUGGACUAGGAUAUUGCUCUAGGAUUUAAUACUUACUGGCAAGCAUUUUAGUUACAGCAGGGGCAAUAUUGAUGUCUGUUAAACAUUCAUAUGAAGUAGUAUGGAAAAGUUUAAGUACUGCACUAUUGUGAAGUGAGAUCCACACACCAAGACCAUUUGAAGCUGCCAAGUAAGACACUGGUCUACCAUUCUCUCCAUUUACAUUAAAAGAAUGUUCAACUUCCAUUGUCAUUGUGUUAAGUACUUUUAUAGAAUUGUGACAACUGCACCAUAAUUUAUUCGUUAUUGAUACAGGUACCAUUUUUGUUACCGGUGUUUCCGGUGUACCAACUGAGACUGUCAAAGCAUCUAAUGUACUCCAGCCAUCUAUAAAAUGAACCAUUGAAUUACUUCAUUGUAAUCUAUUAUAAUUAUAUUGAGAGAGCAUAAUGGACAUAAUUUACUUACAAUGUGCAUCUCGAGAAUAAAUAGUUACAUCGCCAUUCGCCAGAGCCACAAAUACUUUAUUAUCUAGAUAUCUUAUAAUAAAAAAGAAAAAAAAAUUAA